GCUGUCGGACGCAGGCCGUCUGAGCCAUGACUUCGACUACUUCGACGGUCGGCUUUCGUAUGCUCUGGAUGAUCCGCUCGUCAUGAGCCCGUGCGACAGCACUUUUGACGGCUUUUCCCUGCCACCAUACUCCCCGACUGAGUUUCUGGACGGCCAAGGAGAUGAUAACACCUCAGAACAAAGCCCCGCCGCCAGCAGCAAUGCCGUCGUCCCUCGGUCGAGGUCGUUAUAUCCAGACCUCGCCAUGAUCGCCCCUUGCCCUGUCGGCUCGCCGCUCAGGGACUUCUAUGCGCCUGUAUUCUCCGAAUUCUCUGACUGCCGGAACCGGAGGGCUCUCGUCGAUCACUUCUGCAACGUGUUGUCUCAUCUCAUCGUCUUCCGCGAGGAGACAGGCAACCCGUUCCAGCAGUUGGUCCUCCCGCUCACCAGCGCGGACUCCCCCGUCACAUAUGCCAUGUUUGCCCUCGCCUCCGCCCAUCUGGAGUACCGCGGCGUCGAAAAUGCAGAGAAAUCGCUCUACUUCCACAACGUGGCCAUACGGGGCGUCGCACAGCUGAUUGAGCAUAGCAGUAAAGCCAAUAAGAACGAGAUCUUGGCGGCCAUCAUGUUGCUUGUCUAUUACGAAUGUCUUGUCCAAAAAGGCCACUCCAACAUCGUGGCCGGACACCUUAAAGGCGCCCUGACAAUAAUGGGCGGCGGCCCUGACCCGGCCGACUCGACGAGUGUCUUCUUGGAGCGCGCCUUCCGGUUCUACGACGUAAUAACGGCCCUGUCCAACGGCACAUCGCCGCUCUCGGCGGCGCCGACACCAGGGUGCUUGCAACCGCUCUCGCCACUCGGUGCGCCUUUGGUUUCGCCUCUAUGUAAUGUCGAUACCCUCUUGGGCAUGGCCACGACCCUGUGGCCCAUCAUCCACCGCCUCGCCGGCCUGCGUGCGCUCAAAACCGAGCUUGAAGCGGCCCUCGGCUCGAACGAGGCUCCCUCUAAGAUCGCCGUGCUCCGAACCGAGUUCGAGUCCACCACCCAGGCCAUCGAAUCCGCUCUCCUCCAAUGGCAGCCCCAACUGCCCCCCGGUUUUAUCCCCGACGAUGUCAAUGUCGACGACCCGUCGACAAAUCUAACCAGCUCAGACUCGGAACCGCACCCGGCCGUCCCGACCAUCGCUGUCGCCGGCUCUACGACCAGCAACAACACCACCAACCCGCCCGCCUCGCCCGCCCCGUCUGCCUGCCGCUCCCCCUCGCAACCACAGCACGCCCGCAUCGCCUCGAUCUACCACAACGCGCUCGCCUACCGGCACGCCUCGCUCGUCUACCUGUACCGCACCGUCCUGGGCCAGGCGCGCACCGCGGCGCCCGUGCAGAGCCACGCGCGCCUCGCGCUCGCCCACUGCGUCGCCACCGUCGAUCACCGCGGGCCCAUGUCCGCCCUGCUCUGGCCGCUCUUCGUCGCCGCCUGCGAGGCCGUCCUGCCCGCCGACCGCCGCCUGGCCGAGCGCGCCUUCGUCGAGGUCGACAUGAGGCAGGGCAUGCGCAACAUCGAUCGGGCGUGGGGGAUUGUGCGCGAGGUGUGGCGCAGGGCGGACGCUGCUGCUGCCGCUGCCGCCGCCGCCGCUGCUGCUGUAGAUGUCGCUGAGGCUGAGGUUGGGGUUGGGGUUGGUGUGGAAAGUGAGGGUGGUAUUCCAGUGGUAGUCCGGGAGGGGGAUGGGCAGGUCGAUGGGGAGGUGGUGGUUGAGGGCGGAGAGGAGUUGUGGCGGACAGUGUGUCGCGAGAUGGGGGUCAGCAUUGUGUUUGGGUGAGGGAGACGCGUCAGGGGGGGCUGUCCGGGUGUCCUGAAAGGCGAGCGCGAUGCGACAGGCGCGAGACUCCCGCUGUUGGACUUGAACGGGCUCGAGACAGACCAGCUGGCUUCGAACCGAGUGUUCCCCAUCGUCAUGCUCGACGGUAUGGCAGGGGAUGAGGAACGUGGCUGGGUGCGGCUACGAGAUGGUCGAGACAUCUGCCUAAAAGCCGAGAGAUUGGCCGAGGGAGGCUGGACCAGUCAAAGCGGGCGAAAUCGAGCCGCUGCUUGGAGC